UGCACUUGCCACGCAACUUGGGUCUGUCUCGCGCCGAACGCGACCCUGCGUACUGCAAUGGCAAAGCAGGGGGUACGCCAUGAACCUCGACCCUCCCGUGCUCUGGCACGGCCAGGUCGGCCGCUCCUACCCGACGGACAAAACUUUCCUGUACAACCAAUACUCUCGCUUUCUCAAAGACAACGCCGGCUCGCCCAUCAUAUUCUUACACCACGCGGACUUCAAACCCCAGCGACUCACUGAACUGCGUCGACAAAUCACCGAGACGGGAAGAAAAUUCGCCCCACCCACACUACCUGCGCCUGCCCACGCAAAGGGAAAGGGAGCGCAACCGCCGCCUCCAGAGCCUCAACUGCCCAAGCUCACUGUCAUGCGAGCGGCUAUAUUCGGUGUUGCGCUACGAGACGUGGCGCCUGCGGACGUCGAAGCAUGCAAGGACAUAGCUCAGAAUGUCAAAGGACCCUUUGCUGUCCUCUCCUUCCCCACAUUCCAUCCUCCGCAAAUGAACGCCGUUCUCCGCACGCUAGAGCGCGCAGUCCCACCCAAAAAGCCCAAGACACCACAGGAGCUUGCUGCAGAGGAGGCAGCCAAAAAUGCGGACCCUGCCACGCCUGGCCGGCGGCUGAAACGCGUUCGAGAUGAUUUACCACCACAGUUGUCGGUUAUGGGCGCGCUCAUAGAGGGGCGGGUAUUCUCGACGAAAGGGCUCGACGAGGUUUCAAAGCUUCCCACGUUAAGCACGCUGAGGGCACAAAUUGUGGGGCUGCUGAGUGCGCCGGCGACGCAGCUCGCGAUGGUGUUGAGCGAGGCCAGCGGAGGAAAGCUGGCCAGGACGCUCGAGGGCUUAAAGAAGAGCUUGGAGGAGGGUCAGAAGGAGGAAAUGUCGAAAACCCUGUGAUCGUUGCAUUGCCAUAACAUAGAAUACAUCCUAAUGACAACCUCGUAUUGGAUUCGGCACGAGCCUCGAUGCCGUACGGAGCUAUAGGAACCUGCCAACAAGAUGCAUACGACCAUGCUUAUUGAACGUUAUCUACGGCGAACGGCCCCGCCGAUUGCCAUGCACACGUUACAGCUGUUCCGGAUGAUACUUAAUGAGAAAGUCGCGUCGUUUUUUUCUCUCCGUCCAAGCCAUUGUCUAAUUGGGAAGAUACGAUGUUCGCGCUUCAUGCAUGUCUACAGCACCUCGUUU